AAUGAACAACAACCUUCACAUUGCCAGGCUUCUAGAAACCCCCAAGAGCUCGCCGGAGCCGACAAAAGGCCGACUCUGCUUCUGGAAGCAUCGACAGAGAUCGCAGUGGGCCGUGUGCCUCCAUGUCCACCGGAUCCGCGGCCUACCUCUAAUGACCAAUGGCCAACUAAUCACUGUAGGAUGGAAAUUUAAAGGGUCUAAUAAAGAAGAGAAAACAUCCCCAGCUGAGGUUUGUGAAGGCUCUGCAUCCUUUGAUGAGGUCUUGUUUUACCACUGCAGUAGAAUUGAGGAUCUCUGUUCGGUGCUGAAGGGGGUCAUCGUGUCGGUUUCAUUGGACUGCGAUGUGUGUAGGUUUAAGAUUGACUUGAGUGAGGCUAUGUUGGCUGAGGAUUUGAAUGUUGAAAAUGGAGGGAAGUUGGUGAGCUUCGAUCUUGAGGGGAUUGGCAAUGGAGGGGUUUUGAGUUUGAGCGUGUAUUCUACGAUGUUAGAAGAAGAAGAAGAAGCUGGUAAAGAUGACUCUGAGAAUAAUGAAGCAAGUAAGAAGAUCAAGUGCUUCUCAUGCCUCCCCAAGUUGAAAAUGCUCAGAAUCCGAAGGACUUCUUCAUCCCGAUCCCGACCAGGAUUCAUAACAAUCAAGAACUCAACCAGCAGAAAACUUGAUCAUCCACAAGACAGCGAAGAAGAAGAAAGUGAAAGCUUCAUAACAACCGAGAAGGAAACAUUUCAUCUCAGGCAUCGACAUCCUCCCUCUGACGACCUGAGGAACAUCGACGGGGAAGAGUUUGAAGACCCAGAAGAGGAGAGGCCAUGUCUGGAGAGGGAGAUGAACAGCGUUGAGCAGUUCGAUGCUGAGGAGGUUGAGGAUGAGUUCCUUAGGAUGUUGGAAGCGAAGCGCUGGAGAGCAGAGAUGAGGGGAGUUGGUGGGGGUUUGGAUUAUAAUUAUGACUUGAGCUUGGAUUUGAGUUUGGAUUGUAAUAACUUGAGCUUGGAUUUGGAUUCGUUGGUGAAGGAAGCAGAGGAGGAGAUGAACAGAACAGUGGAAGCGUGGAAGAGCAAGACGAGGGAAAGUCAAGUUUGAUAUUGUUCUUUUUAGACAUUCUAGCCGCGUCUCUCUUCGUCUCAGGGCAUGUUUGGUUCAUUACA